AUGAGCGCGAACCGGGCUGCGGAGAGCAACCUUCUGGCUUUGAACCAACAGAAAGAACUAGAGGAUUUGCCAAAAGACUACCCCUUGAGCACCAGUGAAGAUGAAGGGGACAAUGAUGGAGAAAGAAAGCAUCAGAAGCUUCUGGAAUCAAUCAGUUCACUUAAUGGAAAGGAUAGGCAGAAAUUGGCUGAGAGGUCUGAGGCUAGUCUGAAGGUGUCGGAGUUCAGUGUAAGUUCUGAAGGGUCAGGAGGAAAGCUGGUCGUUUCAGAUCUGCUUGAGCCUGUUAAAACUUCAUCUUCAUUGGCUGCUGUGAAAAAGCAGUUGAAUCGAGUGAAAUCGAAGAAGACUGUGGAGUUACCACUUCACAGAGAAGAGAUUGAGCGGAUCCACAGAGAAGUGGCAUUCAAUAAAAGCUCCCAAAUCCUCUCCAAAUGGGAUCCUGUCGUUCUGAAGAACCGGCAAGCAGAGCAGCUGGUUUUUCCCCUGAGCAAGCCCCAGUCAGCCUUUGCUCCCAUCGAACAUGUGGUCAGUGGCUGGAAGGUUAGAACUCCCCUGGAGCAGGAGAUUUUUAAUCUUCUCCAUAAGAACAAGCAGCCUGUGACAGACCCUUUACUGACUCCCGUGGAAAAGGCCUCUCUCAAAGCUAUGAGCCUGGAAGAGGUAAAGAUGCGCCGAGCAGAGCUUCAAAGGGCCCGGGCCCUGCAGUCCUACUAUGAGGCCAGGGCUCGAAGAGAGAAGAGAAUCAAAAGCAAAAAGUAUCACAGAAUUCUGAAGAAAGGAAAGGCCAAGCAAGCCUUAAAAGAUUUUGAGAAGCUGCAGAAGGUCAAUCCUGCUGCAGCACUGGAAGAACUAAAAAAACUUGACAAAGCCAGAAUGAUGGAGCGAAUGAGCCUUAAGCACCAGAACAGUGGGAAAUGGGCAAAAUCAAAGGCAAUUAUGGCCAAAUAUGACCUGGAGGCUCGCCAGGCUAUGCAGGAACAGCUGGCCAGGAACAAAGAGCUGACGCAGAAGGUCCGGGCGGCCUCUGAGAGUGAGGAAGAGGAGGAAGGCCAGGAGGAAGAGGAAGAACCUCUUGUCCCUGACAUGGUGAAUGGGGUGCAGAUAAAGGCAAAUGGACUGAACCCCUGGAUGUUGCGGAAUCACUUCAGUGAUGCCAAAGAGGCUGAGGUCCAGAAAGACCUGGAAGAUCCUGCUGAGCCUGAAGCCCAGGAGACUUCUGAAAGUGAGGAAGAAAGAGCAGUGGUGGAAGAAGAAACUCUCUUGAAAGAAUUUGAGGAACGGCGAUCACUUAGACAGAAGUCUGAGCUCAACCACAUGGCAGAGCCAGUGCACAGGCGUGUAAGAAAGGAUCCGAGCAGCCAGGAGGUACUGUCCGAAUUGAGGGCACUGUCUCAGAAGCUCAUCACGGAGAACCAUCAGUCAGGGAAGCAAGAACUGAGUUCAGCGAGGACAGCUCAGAGAGAGGAACCUGCCAGGGAGGAAGAGGAGCCCAUGUUGCUACAGAGGCCAGAGAGAGCUCAGACUCUGGAUGAGCUGGAGGGGCUGGGCAGAGAAGGGUGUGUUGCAAACAAGGAGCUUCCCAGAACUGCAGUGGAAGGGCUGCAGUUGGAGAAGAAUCUAAGUAAUCAUAUUGGCGCCCCCAAGGAGAAGAAAAGGAAGGAACAAAUGAUUGAUCUCCAGAACCUCCUAACCACAAAAUCGCCUUCCGUGAAGUCCUUGGCAGUUCCUACGACUGUACAGGAGUUGGAAGAUGAAGGAGAGAGAGAUCAAAGGCAGAUGAUAAAGGAAGCUUUUGCUGGGGAUGAUGUCAUCAGAGACUUCUUGAAAGAGAAGAGGGAAGCUGUGGAGGCGAGUAAGCCAAAGGACCUGGACCUGACUCUGCCUGGCUGGGGCGAGUGGGGUGGUAUGGGCCUGAAGCCCAGUGCCAAGAAGAGACGCCGGUUUCUCAUUAAAGCCCCUGAGAGUCCUCCAAGGAAAGACAAGAAUUUGCCAAAUGUGAUUAUCAAUGAGAAGCGGAACAUCCAUGCAGCAGCUCAUCAGGUGCAGGUGCUUCCGCAUCCAUUCACACACCAUCAACAAUUUGAAAGGACCAUCCAGACCCCCAUAGGAUCUACAUGGAACACCCAGAGGGCCUUCCAAAAGCUGACCAUGCCCAAGGUUGUCACCAAGCCAGGCCAUAUCAUUAAGCCUAUCAAAGCAGAGGAUGUGGGCUACCGAUCUUCCUCAAGGUCGGACCUCUCUGUCGUACAGAGGAACCCAAAACGACUCUCCAUACGUCACAAAAAACAUCUGGAGAAUAACUGUGUGGAUUGA